UCAUCUAGCUUCAAUGGGAAAAAAACAAACGUGUGUACUUAUUGGCAAAUACAGUAUUUUUCAGUUAUUUCAGUUUCACUGUGAAACUCUCAACAUUCCUGUUGGGAGUGUCAUGUUUUUUGCUGUGUAAAAGUUAGAGGAAGUAAUUUUCCAUUUCCAGGCAAAGGUUGCCUUUCACAACCUAUGAGAUUUUAUCUAAAGCCUCUGGUUUAAUGAUUAAUAAUGAUUAAGCAUGGGAUUUAUGUCAGGGUCUCAAUAUUUUAAAACGUGUUUAAGAUCAGCUAACACCAAAAUGUCCAGUAUACGCUUCAUCAUUUGGAAAAAUUGUUCUCUUCUUUUCUUCAGCCACACAUAUGUCAUUUUCAUUAAUAAAACCUUUAAUAGUAGCCUGUUGUACUGAUUACUUUAAGUAGGUCACGUUACUUGACGUAAAACAGGAAACACAGGCUACCAUAUACACCCAGUGCCUAUCACACACCUAUCAGUCUACAGGGAGCUGGAGAGUUUUCAUGUGCACUUUGCAGACCUCAAUUUAAAUAAUCCAGUGAUCCAAGACUUGAGCCAUGGCAGACAAGGAGCUUCUCAAGGUGAGGGGUAAAUUUGUGGAGAAGGUGAGCAAAGAAGUUAUUAAGCAGCUCCUGGAUGACCUUUUAGAGGAUAGUUUCAUGAAUGACGGGGAGAAAGACUCAGUACUUGAGGAGAACUCAUCCAGAGCAGACCAGGCACGCUGCCUCAUUGACUUAGUGAGGAAGAAAGGAGAUGAAGCCAGCAGGAAGAUGAUUGCUCAGCUUCAACACAGAGAUCGUGCACUUCACAAAACCCUGGGUCUGUCUUCUGGUCAACCUGCUCAACUAGCUGCAGAGCCCCAGACGGUGCAGGACUGGUCACCGACACUCAUCCCAACAACCGAAGCAUUCUGGAGGGAAAAACAGAAUGAUAAAAGUAUUUACCCUGUGACCAAAAAUUCCAUUAUGAGUCGCGUCGCCCUGCUAAUCACUAACAUAAAGUUUACUGAUGAGAAGUUAAAUAGAAAUGGAGCAGAGAAAGACGAGCAGAACAUGGAGAAACAACUUAAAGCGCUGAGAUACGAGGUGGUGAAACACACAAACCUCACUGGAAAGGAGAUUGAUGAUGCUGUAAUUAAGUUCUCCAAACAUCCAAAACUCAAAGAGACAGACAGCGUGUUUGUGAUUAUCAUGUCUCACGGGAAACUGGGAGCUGUCCUCGGUGUCAACCAUAAAGACGAGGAACCAGACGAAUUCCCCAUUGAUAACAUUUGCAAAUACUUGGACACACAGAAAUGUCCAGCGCUGCUGAACAAACCCAAGAUCAUCAUCAUCCAGGCCUGCAGAGGAGGAAAAGAUGGAGCUGUGCUUGUAAGUGAUAGUGCAGAAGCAGCUGUGGUUUGUGAUGAUGUGCAACAGCCAGAUCUAUCCCUGUCUGCUGGUGUAGAAGACAUCGAGGAGGAUGCUUUGCGACAUGCACACAAAGAAAAAGACUUCAUACGUUUUCUUUCUUGCACCCCUGAUACUGUCUCAUAUAGAAAUAGAGACCAUGGAUCUUUUCUCAUCAAGUUUAUUUUUGAGGUACUGAACACCUUUGCGCAUAAGGAGGACAUUGAGGAACUUUUCAGAAAAGUCAUGCAACGCUUUGAAGAGGACUUCCCCUCUGCGACCAAAAAGCAGAUGCCUACCAAAGACAGAUGCACUCUCCCAAAGCGCUUCUACCUCUUUCCAGGCCUCUGAGACAGGAUCCAACACAGACUUUGUAACCAUGUUUCAUUCAUUCAAAUUCAUUUAUUCAUUCAGUUAUUCUUGCAAUGCUUUCUGAGGUGCUACUUUGUGAAUAGAUAAACUAUGCAUUCUAUAUUUUUAUAUAUCUGAAUUGCAGAGUUUUAUCAGUUUGUAUUCCUUGAUUCAACAGGUUGUUUAUUCAAGUUGACUUUCUUUUGAAGAAUUGAUCAUUGGCACUUUCAUUUAAUAUUGGACAAGCUGUGGUUAAAAAGUAUAUUUUCAAAUUUGAGUGUGUCAGUGUUCAAUUUGUCUGUGGGAAUAUUCUUUUUAAUAGUAUGCCAUAGAGUGAUGUGAUUUAAGUAUUCCGUUUUUGGGAUACUAGGUUCCUUGAAUAAUUCAUUAAAAGUUUUAAAACAGUUGUUAGAAAAUAUGUGAUAAAGUUUAGUUAUUCCAAUAUCUUUCCAUUUAUUCCAUCUUAUAACCUUUUUGUUUACUGUUAUAUUUGAUCUUGCCACGGUUGAGUUAUUGAAGUAUCUGUGUUUUAUUCAAUGAUCUUUGUAUGUGAUUUCAGGAUGUUAAAUGGCGCUUUGAUUGGGCUUUGCAUUACUUCCUUUGGAAAUAUUUUCAUAAAUUAUGGACAUUUUGUGUCAAUGUUUAAGCUUCGAAACAUAUUUUCUUCUAUGUAUUUCCAAUCUUUGCUUACAGAAGGAUCAAAGUCACUAACUUACUGACAAUCAAAGGAUAUGUAAAAGUGAAAGAAGUUGGGUUGCUGUAUUCCACCUUUUCUGUAUGAUCUAUAGACAUCCUUAAGUAUGAACAUCUUGCCAAAUAAAGGUUGAGAUUGUUUUAUGCAAAUGUUCAAACCAGGUUUUUUGUAUUGUGACAGCUAACAUCCUCAGAGUGUAAUUGACAUUAGGAAGAAUGUUCACCUUUAUUAUGUUCACUCAACCCCACAGAGAUAUGGGAAGAUUUGACCAUCGAUCUAUAUUUGAUUUUGUUUUAUUAAAUGUUUGUGUGAGAUUUAUAUCUUGUGUUUGAUAGCUAUUUGUUGUAAUUCUUAAUCCUAAAUAUGUUAUUUCUUUAUUAAUAUACAGUUUACUUUGUAUCCUGGGAGUGAGCCAUAUUCAAUUAAUCUGAUUGAUAUACAAAGUUAGGAGUCCACAUCUGUUAGGUAGAGAAUGAGGUCAUCACAAUACAGUGAUGUUUGAUAUAUUUGACUUCCAAUUUUUAUGCCUUUAAUAUUCUUUUCAGAUCUUAUUUUCUCAGCUAACGGUUCAAUGAUUAGAUUAAAUAAAAGUCCUGAAGCUGGA